AAACUUUUUCUUUGCUGUUUCCACGUUUCCUAGCCUCUUGGUAUGUUUUUUUUGUUCAACUUAUAAAGUUACCUGAAGCUGUCAAAACUCUGCCAGCUUCUGACACCCGGCAUAGGAAUUUGUUCGGAGCAAGUGACGACUCACCGCGUUGACGAGUUAAAACUUUUGAGUGUGUUUAUUUGCGCAACGCUUCAUCGCGUUCCCAAACCCUUGCCCAACGCGUUCACCGGAUAUUCGAGGAAACUUGCUUGGAUGGUAAAGUACACACAAUUUGCGAACGAGAGCACAGAGCAGCUCGCUGCUGCUGCGGUGAAUAGCAUGACUGCGGGCGAGGACGUGCCAGAAGCAGUCACUGUCGAAAAAGCUCACCAGCUCAACACGAGUGCGUUCGACACAUCAACAGAGAAGCCCACCCGAAACAUUGCUCUCAGGAGGUUUGUACAACAUCUUGGAUUCAGGCUCUUCAGUUUUCUACUCAUCAUCAUCGACAUCAUUGUGCUGAUAGCAGACGUGUCGCAGCCCGGCAAGCCCAGUGAAGUCGAGCGUGCCUAUGACAUAGUUGCCCUAUGUUUUGUCUGCUUCUUUGUAUUCGAGAUUCUACUUCGAAUGUACUCCCAAGGUGGCAGCGAGUUCUUAAGGCACUGGUACAAUGCUGUUGACUUCGUGGUUGUUCUACUAUCUUUCAUUGCAACAGUAGCUUACGCUUCCGUUGAGAUCUCCGGCUACUACAAGCUGGUCGUGAUUGGUCGGGUGGUGCGAGUGGUGAGCCUAGUCCGGAUAUGCACGGAAAAGAAAAACCUAACGCGUGGUGCUCGGCUGAUGGUGUCCGAGAACAAGCGUCGCUACCAGAAAGAUGGUUUUGACCUGGACCUCGUCUAUGUCACAGAUCGAAUCAUUGCAAUGUCCUACCCGUCGUCCGGAAGAAUGUCCUGGUACCGAAAUCCCAUCCAAGAAGUGGAACGGUUUUUUGAGACCAAGCACUCUGGUCACUACCGAAUCUACAACAUGUGCAGUGAACGCACAUAUGACAACAGUCAUUUCAAGGGGUGCAUCGAGCGCUAUCUCAUUGACGACCACAACGUGCCGCUACUCAAGGAUGCCGUUCAGUUUGUGGCAAAGGCGCAGGAAUUCCUCAACGAGGACCCCGAGAAUGUGGUGGCUAUUCACUGCAAGGGGGGCAAGGGACGUACCGGAACCAUGAUAUGCAUGCUGCUAGUGCACAAUGGGCUGUUUGAGUCGGCCGAGGCAAGUUUGGAGUACUUUGGCAACGUGCGGACGGACAAGACUGUCGGGACCAAGUUCCAAGGUGUCGAGACUCCGAGCCAGAAUCGUUACGUGGAGUAUUUCGAGGAGGUGAAGGAGAAACACAAUGGACAAGUCCCCGAGGAGGUCCCCCAGAAGGUGUCUGAGAUCCGAAUCUACAAGCUGUCCGGUCUCGGACGCGGAACGGGAACGGACUUUUCGUGCGAGGUGUUCGAAGGCAGGACGAAGGUGUUCGAAAUGGACUUUGGACGCCAGAUGAACUGUCAGGCCAACUACCGUUCGGAGGCGGACGUUCUUGAAGUGAUUCCCAUCAACUUCCCCGUCGUCAGGGGAGACGUCAAGUUCAGGUUCUGGUGCCAAAGCUCAUCCGUUCCGCGCGGCUACGAGGACUGUCCGUUCUUCUUCUGGUUCCAUACCAGCUUCAUCAGGGACAAGAGCUUAUUUCUGAAGAGGGACGUCCUAGACAACCCGCACAAGCAGAAGACCUGGACCACCUACCAUGCAGACUUUGCCGUGGAGCUGCUCUUUACGCCGUGAGCGGCCGCGUCGAGACGCCCAAACAUCCGUUAACCGUCUUCGUGCGGCGGGAGCCAGUACCACUCUCCACUCGUCCGGGUCACAUCGAAGCGGCAGAGACGCCGACUAUUCCGGGGGCAGAUUUAUACGUUUAAUUUAUUAUUAGCUGUAUGAACACUGAGGCAAACUGUACAUAAUGUUAUAUAUACAUAUUUUUGUUUAAAAAAAAAUGGCAGCAAUAAAAAACAUUUUUGGGAA